GAGAGGAAGAAGACGACGAAGAGGGACCCGGAGGGGCAGAGGAGCAGACGUAGGGCAGCCAAAAGGAGGAGAGAGGACGGCACUUUCGUGGCAGCAUCCAAAGGCCAGAGUGGGGACCUGCGCUGCCUCCGCUGCUCCUCGGAUGGUGACGGGGCCCCGCCGCGGCCGCAGUCCCCCUGAGCCCCGGCUCCACAGGCCCGCAGCGCCGGAGUCCCGCAGGAAUCAUGCCCAGGUCCUUCUUGGUCAAGAAGGUCAAACUUGACACAUUUUCUUCGGCAGACCUGGAGAGCUCCUACGGGCGCGCCCGCGGCGACCUCGGCGUGCGACUGCACGAUAAAGGAUACCUCAGCGACUACGUGGGGCCCUCUGUCUACGAUGGCGAUGCCGAGGCGGCGUUGCUCAAAGGGCCGUCCCCGGAGCCCAUGUACGCUGCAGCCGUGCGGGGAGAGCUGGGUCCUGCGGCCGCGGGCUCGGCGCCGCCGCCCACCCCGCGCCCGGAGCUGGCCACAGCUGCGGGCGGAUACAUCAACGGCGAUGCGGCCGUCAGCGAGGGCUACGCAGCCGACGCCUUCUUCAUCACCGACGGGCGCUCGCGCCGUAAGGCUACCAAUGCCAAUGCUGCUGCCGCUCCCUCUACUGCCUCAGGGGCGGCCCCAGAUGGGGACGCCGGAGUCGGGGGUGGGGCGGGAGCGCGCAGCUCGGGAUCCGGGCCCGGGGGCCGGGGCGGCACGCGUGCAGGGGCAGGCACCGAGGCGCGCGCGGGGCCAGGGGUGGCAGGCACUGGUGGCCGGCAUGCGUGCGGCGAGUGCGGCAAAACGUACGCCACGUCGUCGAACCUGAGCCGGCACAAGCAGACGCACCGAAGCCUGGACAGCCAGCUGGCGCGGCGGUGCCCGACGUGUGGCAAGGUGUACGUGUCCAUGCCGGCCAUGGCCAUGCACCUGCUCACGCACGACCUGCGCCACAAGUGCGGCGUGUGCGGCAAAGCCUUCUCGCGACCCUGGCUGCUGCAAGGCCACAUGCGCUCGCACACUGGCGAGAAACCCUUUGGCUGCGCACACUGCGGCAAGGCCUUCGCCGACCGCUCCAACCUGCGCGCACACAUGCAGACGCACUCGGCCUUCAAGCACUUCCAGUGCAAGCGCUGCAAGAAGAGCUUCGCGCUCAAGUCUUAUCUCAACAAGCACUACGAGUCGGCCUGCUUCAAGGGUGGCGCUGGCAGCGGCGGUCCCGCGGCCCCCGCGCCGCCGCAGCUCAGCCCUGUUCAGGCCUAGGGCGGCGGGGCCUCCGGCAGCCAGGUCGGCUCUCAGCAAUACGGGCCCCCAGGGAAGUCUCCGCCGGCGUCCAGGAGGAGGGGCCGGAGGGCGGGCCCCUCCUCACAGCAAUAGGGGGAGGGGGGGUCCGGUCCCACCCC